UUGUGAUUUCGUUUCGCCAUAUUAGCCGAGCUAUUACUGAAAUUGAUAAAUAUUGCUGGUAGUUUGGGAGAUAAUCGCGGAUUUCAGCUUUGAAUUUGGCGAAGGAUGAAACCGAGAAGAAUGUCUGAUGAUGUAGACGGUGAGAAUUCGGUUAUGAAGACUUGUUGUUGCUGUAUGGACGUUCGCCUGGGCACAAUUGUGCUCGGAUUUUGCCAUCUGUUGAUUCACAUUGCUGGUUUGGUGGUGUUGACUCAAAUGUUGCUGCAUCCAGAACUGUACCAAGAGAGGUACUUUGAAACUUAUGGCACCACACCACGAUCAGCUGAUAACUCAGUUGCACUGGCCAUAGCAUUUUUCUCCUUUCUGAUCACAAUUUUGCUGAUUUAUGGUGCCAUUACUCGUGAGCCAACUUAUCUGCUGCCAUUUUUUUGUAUGCAAGUGUUUGAUUUCUGUGUAAAUCUGUUGGGUGCUGUUGGUGCAAUCAGUUAUAUACCAGAGCUGAAACUCAUGCUAAAGAACAAUCCCAACUUUCCUGUUGGUGAUGCUGUGGACAAAAUGGACAUGAAGACUCUGAUGUUGACAGUUGUGGUGGUGUCUGUAACAAUUCUAACUAUUAAGGCUUACUUGAUUGCCUGUGUUUGGUCGUGUUACAAAAUUUUGCUCAGUUUCCAUGUGAAGAAGGCCAGAAACUCGUUCAUGUUUCAAAUCAAUCAGUCAGAUGAAACUGAGACUCAUAGUCUUCUGCCAAAUUAUGAGGAUGCAGUUAAAGACACUCCCAAAGAGUCUCCACCUCCUUAUACUUCUAAUUAAUCUGCAUACUGUGGACUAACAACAGCUCUGAUGCUUUUGUUUUAUUAGUAGUUGUUCAUUUUGCUCUGUGAAAAUUCUUGUAGACAUUUGUUUCUAGCUGUGUAUAACUAUUUAAUUUAUAAUAGGUUAAUUCAGCCAACACUCCAUAUUAGCUUUCUUGGUGAUAUUAGAUAUUAUUAGAUUUCUUUGAUGUUCUCAGAGGGACAAACACCAUCAGGUCAGUUAUUAAACAGGAAUUAUAAAAAGAAAUUAUGAUAAACAUUAGUAUAAGUUUUAAAUAAAUAAAUAUGGCAAGUAGGUGGAUGAAUUAGAAUUCUUUGUUUUCCAAGGAGCCAGGAGGGAUUAGGUUCUAUUCUACCACCAGAAGUUGAAAAUUUUGAAGCAGGUUUUUUAGAAAACCCUGAUGAUCUGCUUGCCCUACAACUCAUAAGAAACACUAUGACCACAGUAAGUUAGUGAUAGAUUGCCAGCUCCCCAUCUUGAUUUGUUAGAAGUGAUCAGGAAUGUCAUUUACUUGUCAGAUUUCAAUGAUGAGAUGAAAACUAAGGACUCCUCUAUAUGAUUAUCUUUUAUCAGUCAAAGCAGGAUAAUUUAGAAUAAAAAAAUAAUGGGUUUCUUUUAUCAGGAUCAGGCUACUUUGAUACUGAUGUGGUUACUGUAUUCAAACAAAAGUGAGGGUUUAAUUCAAGUAACUAAGCAAAGAAUUAAGUCAAUCCUGCAAUAUUUUGGUGGAGAAGUCUUUGUUUCCUGUUUACAUUCACUCACUUUCUGCUUUUCUUGAGGAUUUUCGAGCCCUAAUUAACUGCAAAUUUUGUCUUAAAGAGAUAAUUAGGCAAAAUCUUGUUGCGGUAUCCUACCAAGCUUUGAUACUGGUGUGCUAAUUUCUCAUCUCGCAAUUUUCAUGCUAAAUUUGUUCUGUUCCAAAAUUUUCUUGUACAUUUAGACUAGCCUAAAAGUUAAUUAUUCAUAUUGGUGGCUGACUCUGUAAUGGUCACUUAAUUAGGUACUAGUAAUAUAACAAAUGGAAAAUGUAACAGAAUACUUGCCGUUAAGAAGGAGUGCAGGAAUGAAGUAGGAUUUAUUUAGAUGAGUUUGGUUAACUAACCAAAAUAAGUGGUGUUGUUGACUCAGUUGUUAGGAGGGACUCAUUAAAGUUGAUCAAGACUUUCCCCACCA